AUGAGACUCACUGGUAUUCUUGAAAUUCUCACCGCUGAACCAACAUCUGCUCCUACACCAGAAAUUGUUACUUCGUUUGAGCCAGCACUCAAUAAUGUUACUGCAGGUAGAGCGACACUUUUUGUACAUCAACGAUUGGCAAGACUUGAAAGAAAUACUGCUGGUGCUACUACUGAGGAGGUUACACUGUACGAUAAUGUUGCUGCUAACGUACAUAAAGACACGCAUUUUCCUGUCGCAAAAAACGCCAUUUAUCCUGAAAAAAGGAAGGCAUCACUAUUAACACUCGGAGGAUGUAGAGAAGAAGAGGUCUUGAGAUAUUGA